CCUCGGAGUCACUCAAUCAUUUUCUAUUCGCGUUAAAAACCUCAAAAGUUCCUCCACAAAUAAAUAAUUUUAAAAGAUAUCUUGUGCUGUGGACAUUAAAUCAAGUGCUCACUAUCGCCUAGACACCAUUCCCCUAAUUAAUUAUUUCUCAACAACUAAAGUUUAUUAAAAAACUCGAACAAUUGUCAUUCAUUCGGAUUAUUUCCCAUCAUCUCCGUCCAGUGAGAUGAGGAGGAGAGGGGAGAAACGAAAUGAGACGUAAUCGCGAGUGAACGUGAUACCCAUUUGCAUCUGUCAAGUCGAGGGAGUUUUCUCGAGUCAUGUCGAGACGACCGAGCAUCACUAUCUACGAUUAUCCGGAGGACCUCAAUCCAUUCAAAGAUGAUAACGAGGAAGUGAGUAACAAAUUGCCGGUGAACGGCUCCAGGGAGAGGGAGGACAAGAAGAAAUUCUGGACCUUCGGGAGGAACAAGAAGAAACGGUCUCACAGUUUCUCCAUCAAGUCCACGUGGAAUGGAAUCUUUGGGAAGAAGAAGGAGUCGUGCGAGAGAAGUCCGACGAUAUCAACAGUGUCAUCGACUUAUCAACGUGCCAGCUACAACGGCCACCCAGUCCCACCCCCUCGGCCCUCCCGAGAUCAGCAAGAGUUCAACGAGGCCCUGGGCACCCUCGCCAGAAGGCGAAAACAUACGCUGGACAAUUCCUCCCGAUACAGUUCGAAUUUGACGAUAAACGGCGAUCCUGGGAGGAUUUACGACGGAAGCCCCCAGGACACUACCGUCUCCAUCAUGGGUGAUCUCACUCCCAAACCACCCGCUCGAAGGUUUGGUCAAGUGAGUCCGAAGCCAACUGAUAAAAUACCUCCCUUGGAUUAUGGUCAUAAGAGUGACGAUAGAGAGGAUGAUGGCACGCCUAUUCCACCGAAGAGAGGAGGUUUUAGAGCAUCUCAGAGAUUAGCCCUCCCCCAGGACCCCGAUGACGACAAAGUUCAGAUGAGAAACGGAAACUACAGAGACGAAAACGAGAACAUGCAGGAGGAUUUCGUCUUCAAGAGGUGUAGCAACGAUGCUGUGAGAAAAUCCAACUUGUCCAUCAACAGUUGCAUGUCUGUGGGAAGUGUCUAUGCCUCUGGGAGGAAGAAGAGAAGAGCCCCGUUGCCUCCUGGCAAGAAAUCCGAACCAUUAGAAAGUCCAAAGGAGACGCUCCCAGACCCCCUGGAGAUCGCCAGAGUAGCCGAAGACAUCACAGAGAUGACCGAGAGAACGAAACAGCUUGAAGACCCCAAAGAAAGCCCGUUCGACCUCCACGAUGGGCCUGAAAAGCUCGAAACAACCAAAAUAAUCGUUCAAGAGAAUGAGAUCCCUUCCGAGACACCACCAAGUCCUCCCCAACCCCCAGAAGCCGAGGAAAACCCCCCAGAAACCCCAACGGAAUCCAGUUCUCAAGGAGAAGAGACCGAAACAGGAGUUGCAGUUGAAUUCACACGAACGCCAUCAGAGGAGCCCCUAGAGAUCAUCAAAGAUGUUUCGAUGAUUCACGACGACGACGAUGACGUGGUCUUCCGGAAGAAGAGUUCAUCGAGCCUCCACAGGAGCGACAGUUUCUCGGUGAAGGACGAGAUCGAGAAGAUCGAGAAGCAGAUAAAACUCCUGGAGUCGUCCAAGUUGAGGACGAGAACGACAUCAUUCACGUCCUCAUUAGACGAAGAGGAUCCUCUCCCACAGCUGCAGAGAGGGGGGAGCAGACGAAGCCUGCAGGAGACACGAAGAAAUUUCUUCCGGGAUUUGACUAAAAAUGGGAGUGACGACAUUAAAAUUGAGAUUAAAGAGCUGCCGAGGGAGAUGAGGGACAUAAAGAUUGUUCGGCUGGGGGAGCCUCAGGUGGAGGUUGCGGGGCCGAAGGAACCUGUGAAGAUCAUCGAGCUCCACAUCUCCGAGCCAAUUAAGCAGACGCCAGGGUUCUCGGAUCUCGAGGUCAACCCCAUUCCCAAGCCCAGGAGACAGGCGAGAGGAUCGGAGGAGAGUGGAGAGGAGGAGGGGAAUUGUGGGAAUUAUGUCUAGGGGUUCAGAUUUUUUGGAUGUUUUUUUUUCGUGAGAACGAGGAUUUUCACGGCGAAUUUUUUGUUAUUUAGUUCAGGGUUCAAGUGGGGGUUUGACGAAAAGUGUAGGAACAGGAAGCAUCGAGAAAAAUUAUCUUUCAUCGAGAGAAUAAAAUCCCUUCAGAGAAACAGGCAUGACAAAAUUUAAUAGGAAACCGAGCGAAUUGGCUAGAAAAUUCUAUUGGAAUUCUAUAAGAUUUCUGUGGGAAUUCAGUGGGAAAAAGUCAAUAUAUUUUGACUUUCUGUUAAGUUUUUUUAUAUUGAAUUUUUUAUAGUGAAUUUCUUGUUAUUUACUUCAGGGUUAAAGUGAGGGUUUGACGAAAAGUGUAGGAACAGGAAGCAUCAACAAAUACUAAUCUUUCAUCGAGAGAAUAAAAUCCAUUCAGAGACACAGGCAUGACAAAAUUUAAUAGGAAACCGAGCGAAUUGGCUAGAAAAUUCUAUUGGAAUUCUAUAAGAUUUCUGUGGGAAUUCAGUGGGAAAAAGUCAAUAUAUUUUGACUUUCUGUUAAGUUUUUUUUCUAUUGAAAUUAUCGGGCACAAAUUUAAUAGCGAAGCGCUAAAACGGUUUAAGUCGACUCAGCCCUUAGCUAAGUUUUCCAUGAAUAUCUCUGAAUCUAAGGGAGAUAAUGAAAUAUUCGUAAUGACCUUUUUUGUAGAGCGAAUUAAGAGUUAUAAAAAAGGUAAUGCCACAAAUUUUGCCACCUCCCCUAGAUGUCGAGAUAUUUGUUGAAAACUGACCAAUAGUUAAAAUCGACUUACACCAGUUUACCGGUUUGCUAUUGAAUUUUCUGAGUUCUUUA